AUGGAAUCAGACGGACACGCGGGACACGGGCUUGUCGGAUACGGCAUCAAGAUGUGCGACCCGCCGUGCGCGUUUGCCUGCCGCGAGGCCAUUGCCGGAGCGACGCUCCGCUGUUCCACCGUCGGCUCCGACAACAUGGGCGGCAUGGCAGGGAUGAGCGGCAUGGUCGUGACAGACGGCGAGUGCUUCGCCGCCGACGACGCCUUCUUAGGAACCCUUGCCUGGUGCGUGACUGCCAGGUGCGAGGGAAUUCCGGAAUGGAAGCUUGAGAAGUACUGGAAAGACAACGUCGCCGGGAACGCCGCCGUCCAGCCAGAGCCGAAGGUGACGUUUCAACAGGCGCUGGCCAUGGUCAACAGCACUCCCACCGCGGUAUAUGCGGCCAACGAGCCUGGCCCUCAAGGUCUCUGGUAUGCAGCUUACAAUACCGAUGUUAUAUUCGAGGGCCAGGAGAGUCUGCCAGUGAAGCAUGGUCUUGUCAUUCUCCUUUCCGGGAUUAUGCUUCCGAUCGCCUUCUCGCUCCUGCGGUUCGUGCCAUUGCCGGCGACGUGGUGCUCCAUGUUCAGCGCCUGGGUGAUCGACCCUCUGCUCUUUGGCAGUCACCACGACACGCCAGUCUUUUUCGGGCUUGCGGUGAUGCCUAAACGCGGACAGGCUCUGUUCAUCCUCUACUUCGUCAUGAUCAACACUGUGCUUUCCGCCGUCAACUACGCAUACGCCGACCCAAACACGUGGUUUCCCGGAGACCGGUGGCGCUGGAUGUGCAUGCUGGUCUCCAACUGUCUCGGACUGCUCAGCUUCGCCAACCUACCGCUGGUUUUUUUGUACGCCGGGCGGAAUAAUCUUUUGCUCUGGGUCACUGAUUGGUGGCAUUCGACUUUCCUUCUGCUUCAUCGAUGGAUCGCCAUGAUAGCGACUUUGCAAGCCAUUCUGCACAGCAUUGUUUACUUGGACGUCUAUGUUGAGAAUGGCACGCACUCGUCCGAGUCUAGGGAGCCGUACUGGUACUGGGGUGUGAUCGCCACCGUCGGCCUAGCUGUUAUUUUCCCUACGUCAGCCAUACUAGUCCACAGAAAGGCUUAUGAGAUAUGCCGCGGAAAUCAGCGACGAUAUGAAGAAAAGCCCCGCAAUCGUCACCUCUCUUCCUGA